UAUUUAACGCUUCACAGGUGAAGCAAAUGCUAAGAUUUUCAAAGAAAACGAAGUGCUUUCGAAUCCAGUCGCAGGUUUAAUGAUUGGAGUCCUAGCCACAGCUUUAAUUCAAAGUUCCUCAACAACAGUUUCAAUAGUCAUAGCAUUGGCUGGAACAAAAACUAUUCCUGUGAAACAAACCAUCCCUAUCGUCAUGGGUUCAAACAUCGGAACAACGGUUACCAAUACAAUAGUUUCAUUGGCUCAAGCAGGAUCACGCGAGGAGUUUAGAAAGGCGUUUGGUGGCGCCACAAUUCAUGACGUAUUCAAUUGGCUGUGCGUCAUCGUUCUUUUGCCACUUGAAGUUGUUUCUGGAUAUCUAUAUCAUUUAACAAAAGCUUUAGUAGAUUCGAUAGACACUGCAGGUUCUUCAAAGACGAAAAAGGAUUUGUUAAAGACAAUUACAAAACCAUUUAUUCGCUCAUUUGUCCAGAUCGACAAAACUGCAUUGAAAUGCAAGGCAGUGCACAUCAACGGCACAUCACGGUCAGUGUUGAAAAGAUGGUGCGACAAAAUAAAGACAACUGAUCUUGGAGAUACCUGCUUCCCCAAAAAUGUAACUGGAAACACUCGCUGCAAAAACCUAUUCGCCCUCAGUGAUCUUACAGACGAACAGGCCGGGAUUAUUUUGACCAUUGCAUCUUUACUGCUAAUUGUUUUAUGUUUAUUCAUCGUUGUUAAGCUUUUAAAUUCCUUGUUCAAAGGAACCAUGGCAUCUCUAGUCAAGCGUUUUAUCAACGCCGACUUUCCAGGGAAACUAGCAUGGUUAACGGGAUACCUUGCUAUUCUAGUUGGAACAGGCAUGACGAUGAUUAUUCAAAGUAGCUCAGUAUUUACUUCAACAUUGACACCCCUCGUUGGAGUCGGCAUCGUAUCCCUUGAACGAAUGUACCCGCUUACGAUAGGUGCGAACAUCGGAACUACAAUUACUGGUAUUUUAGCUGCUCUUGCUGUGUCUGAAUCGGAAGUUCAUCUAACACUACAAGUAGCACUUUGUCACUUGUUUUUCAACAUCACAGGCACUUUUAUCUUUUACCCCAUCCCAUUCAUACGCAGGGUCCCCAUAUACCUGGCCAAACAACUUGGGAAUACAACUGCUAUGUAUCGAUGGUUUGCGAUUGUGUAUCUGCUUGGGAUGUUUUUUGUCCUUCCUGUGAGUGUUUUUGGUUUGUCGCGAGCAGGCCCUGUCAUAUUUAUGGCGGUAGGAAUACCCGUGUUGACCGUUCUGGUAUUUGUGAUUCUCGUCAACAUUCUGCAGGAAAAGGCGCCCGGUUGCCUACCUCGAAAACUUCAAAACUGGGAGUUCUUGCCUUCAUGGCUUCACUCUCUUGAACCCUAUGACAGAAUUUUAAGUAAAUUCAUGUGUAUGAAGUGUUGUAAAAAUAAGCAAGAUGAGAAAUUGGAUUUGAAAAUUUAAUGCUCCAACUGUUCAUUUAUACUUCAUGUAUAUUAUGUUUAAUGCAAGUUGGUAUUUUGUAUUUUCAGGGAAACAUCACUAAAUGACUAAGUCAAAAAUAUCUUAUAAUAUUUA